GUUUCAUUUUGGAUCACAAAAUAUCCAUGUGAAGUCCUUGAAAAAGGAAUAAAGCAAGGUGUCACGAUAUGCAAAUAAGGUAUAACGUGUUGGAAGGCUAAGAUUUUCCUGUUCAGUUCAGACGUUUAUUCGACUCUAUCUCAUUAAAAAUCCGUCCACAGUGAACUAGCGUGGAACCUAGCUAAGUUCAAAGAGAAAGCUCUUUCCUUGUCGCGAAAUUUCUACGUUCGUUGAGAGAUUCAUCAGUCGAGAAUACGGCAUGGCGAUCGGGGCGAAAACUAUUCUUUUGGUGGCGUUACUGGUUCCUCUAACACAGGGUGUAACAACUUAUAACACCGGCGCGGGUAUGCUGUACACGCUAAAGGCAGUAGAAGAUGUGUGGGUAGAACGUCCAUCAUUCAAUUACAAUAAUUAUGCGUACCUCCUGGUCUCGAAGCUCCCACAGUUUCCCAACAAACGUUCUCUGAUGAAGUUUGAAGACCUUCCAAGCGCCUGUCUGUCAUCCAAAAUAAAAUCCGCCAAGAUGCACUUGUACUAUCUGGGCGCGCACAAGGCUAGCUGGCACUCCAUUACCUUCUCUCCUUUCAUUCCUCGCUAUAUGCAGGUGCACUUGGUGAAAAAAUUCUGGCGUGAGACACAAGCCACCAACUCCAUGCGUUACUAUGGGGCUAACUGGUCCUCUCCGUGGCUAGGUUUGGAUGGAACCGACGCAGAGGCAGUCCCGCAAGAAUGCAAUCCGGUUACAAUCUUUCCCGGGCUCCCAGCAGGCUUCGUGGAGUUCGACGUUACAUCGGCAGUCAGGAGCUGGCGUAGCGGGGUACCUAAUUAUGGCGUAGUGAUUCGUGCAGUCAAUGAGCUGGAAGCGGGAAGAGGCAUGAGCUUUGCCAGCAAAGAGUAUAAAGAUUCCUCUAAGCAUCCCGUUGUUAGGGUGCUCUGCGCUAAGUGAAGAAUGUGCAGGCAAUUCAUUCCCCCACCAAGCCAGUGUUUUGAAGUAGAGUAGACAACGCAUAUGGGGGGGUAUUUGUAUCUGCUUUUGAGCAUUACAAAUAAAAUGAUAUGAAAAGCGUA